AGGGGAGAGAGAGAGAGAGAGAGAGAGAGAGAGAGAGAGAGAGAGAGAGAGAGAGAGAGAGACAUGGGUGCUCAAAAAUACAGCCCAAAAGCCUCUCCAAAGAAGAAAUCCACCACCCUCCAAAACCUAUUCGACUUAGAAUCCAAUCCAAACACCACCCCCACCCUAAUAAUUGCGAUGGCCCACGACUCCGAAACCGACGACCUCCUCUCCAUAAUCUCCUACUGCACCUUCAUCUUCACCUUCACCGACCCCUCCGAAUCCCCCUACCAGCAAGACCUCAAGCGCCUCAAGCUCACCCAACUCCUCACCGCUCUCAAGUCCUCCAAACCAUCCUUCACCGAUGACCGCAUCCUCUCCCCCCUCUUCUCCAUGCUCUCCACCAACCUCUUCCGCCCCCUCCCACCUCCCUCCAAUCCAAUCCCUACCAUUGAAUUCCCCCUCCUCGACGACGACACGGACCCCACCUUAUUAUCCCCAUCCCCCUCAUGGCCCCACCUCCACAUCAUCUACGAUAUCCUCCUCAAGCUAGUCCUAAAUUAUGACCCCAAGAUGCUCCGUGCCCACAUCGACCACUCAUUCCUCAUCAACCUCCUCUCCUUGUUCGAGACGGAGGACCGGCGGGAGCGAGAGAGCCUGAAGAACGUGUACCAUCGGAUAUACUCCAAAUUCACAUUCCACCGCUCGUUCAUGAGAAAGGCGAUGAAGGAUGUGUUCUUGAGUUACGUGUUCGAGAUGGAUCGACACAGUGGGAUUGGAGAGUUGCUGGAGAUAUGGGGGAGUAUUAUCAAUGGCUUCAGUGUUCCAUUGAAGGAGGAACACAAGGUGUUUUUGGUGAGGGUGUUGCUUCCCAUGCACAAGCCAAAGGGGAUGCAGGUAUACCAUAGGCAGCUGGCCUACUGUGUUUCCCAGUUUGUACAAAAAGAACCCAUGUUGGGUGCAGUUGUGGUUGGAGGGAUUUUGAGGCUCUGGCCCGUAACCAACUGCCAGAAAGAGGUGCUGCUUAUUGGGGAGGUGGAAGAGCUAGUUGAGUAUACUGAUCAGGGGCUGUUUGGGAAGUUGGCUUUCCCUCUUUGUGCCCAGAUUGCCAAGUGCUUGAACAGUUGGAAUUCUCAGGUCGCAGAGCGGGCUCUGUACGUUUGGAACAACGAGCAUUUUGUGAGAAUGGCAUCCGAGGCUAUUGAAAAAGUACUUCCGAUAGUGGUGGAAGCCAUAGAGAAGAACAUCAAGUCGCACUGGAGCAAGACGGUUCGGCAACUGACCAUUAGCGUGAAGACAAUGCUAGAAGAAAUGGAGCCGAGGAUGUAUGCGAAAUGCGUUCAAGAGCUCGACCAACGGGAGGCUAUGGCUAAUGAAGAAGAAAUGAAGAGGAAAGAGAAGUGGAGGAUUUUAGAAAUGGCUGCAGCCAACAACCAGCUGCAAGAACACACACAGUGCAUAUAUGUGUCCAAUUGAUGGACAAUAUUCAAAAUAUUGAGUGGCAACUUAGACACAUCUCCAUCAUGUGUACUUGUGUGGUCAUUCAUCAGAUGAUCUGAACCGUCCAUAUGGUAAGGCCUGGUGUGGACGUGUCUCAUGCUGAAAUUCACACUGAUUGGUAAUAUGAGACCAUCCAAUUUUAAAAGACAAAAAAAGAAAAAAAAGAAAAAAAAA